GAGGCGAGCGUACGCAUCAAUUUGUACAGUCUUCAGUGGCACCCCGUUUUCCUGCAACGACUUGAAAGAGAUUUCUUCUGCAUUAUUUGCGAAGCCCGUUACAAUAUGAUCCAGCUCCAGCCUCUGUUUACAGAAGCUCGGGCUCUGGCGUGCGUGUGUCAACGUGCAAUAUAAAACGAAAAACAGAAAGAAAGGGAGAGUGAGAGGGGGACACGCAUCGCUGGAUAUUAUAGAUUUUGGUAGCUCUCAUGGUCUAACACACAGCCUACACAGUAAGCAACAAGAACCAAUUCACUCACUGCAAUGGCUUGUGUUGUAAAAUGGAAGUUAUAAAGAGGAAAUAAUGAAAACACGGACACACAAAGAAUCGAUGCCCAUGCGUAGUGGGCGACGGCGGGGGGCGAGCGAGGAGAGAAGGGGUAGACGCCCUCACCCCAGCCCCACUCGCCCUGAGCGCAACGAUAGACAGACGCAGAGAGGUGCUGGUGAGGAAUUGGCUGGAAAUCGCUUCAAUCGCAGAUCGCAAGGGCAUGAUUCAUCAGAGAGUGAGGGGGAGGAACUUGUGUCUCCUCCAAAGAGGCAAAAAGUUCAGGAUUCGGCCUCUACCCCAAAUCCACCAACUUCAACACACUCGACUGACAGCUCAGCUCCUUCCACUGUCCCACCUCCAACCUCAGUUGCCAGCCAAUCCCGCGAGAGUGACAAUGAGGAUGGCCAAUCCCAGGGCAGCAGGAGUUCAGUUGUAGGGAGCCUGGCCAAUAGCAGCAGUAGUCUGAGCAGUGGGCGUGACAUAGACCAGGACAAUCGUUCCUCAUCCCCGAGUCUCUCCGCUUCCCCUCUGGGUAGCCUGGACUCUGAUUCCGACGGCCCAGACUCACCAAAGCAAGGAGAGAGGGAACGAGAGAAAGGGAAAGAGGGAGGAGUGGGGAAGUCGGGGGGAGAGGACAGGAGAGCGCUGAGAGAGGGAAGAGGGGAGGAGUCCUGUGGAGAUGGAGAAAAAAGGGAUGUGGAUGGAAGAAUGGAAGACUGUCCUUCUCUUAAGCCCCCCUCCACUCCCUGCUCCUCCUCUGCUCUAACACCGUCUCUCCGCGGAGCUGGGGAUUCAACAAACGAAAGCAAUAGUGGGAGGAAGUCUUAUUUCUCCCUGGACUCAAAACUGGUGUGUAAGGUUGAGUACGGCGGACCCACUGGCAUUGACGGUGCACACAGUGGCAAUCGAAUGAACUCCAAAGCCAACACACAGUGUGUGACCAAGACAACUAUCUCUGGGGGAGAGUUUUCCCAUAACAACCCCAACAUUCCACACUCCUUGCCCCCGCCCCUGCCUCCUCCACCUGCCCUGAAGCCCUUGGAGCUAGGGGGGCAAAACCUGCCCACUGAGGUUAAGACAGAGAGAGAGAAGCUAGAAAAGGCUGACAAACUCCUGGACAAGCCUCAGUCUACUCCUCCAUCUCUGCUGCCACAGACCGGCCCCCAGCCCCAGCCCCCGUCCCAAUCCCAGUCCCAGUCCCAGACCCAACCCUCUUCCCACCCACACCACUACAGCUCCACCAGCUGGCAGGGUGGCACUGCAACUGGUUGCCAGGGGAGCUGGAGCUACACCCGUUACCCUGGCAACCACCACUCACACCAGCCGCAGCACCAGCCCCCAGUGCAGCAGCAGCAACUUCCCUCUGUUUACAACCCUCCGUCCUCUCGUCACUCCUCCUCCCACCCCUCUUACCUCCCCCAUCCUCACCCCCACCCCCACAGGGAGUACCUUCCCAGGUACGCUGGAGGGGGAGGGGACAGAGAGAGGGGGGCUGCAGGAGAGAGGGAGAGGGGAGUGAGGGGGGAGUGUGGGGGGAGGGAAAUCAAUAGGGAGUUCUCUGCUCCCAUUGGCAAUAGCAGCAACAAUAGUAGUGGGGGUAAUAGUAAUAGCACUUGUGGUGGGAUGGGUGGGCCCAACAGCAUCCAAGGCAGGGAGUUUGGGGGUCUGUCCGUGGGUCAGAACCGGGAGUUCCAAGGUUCUGGCAGAGAUGGGCCCAACAUGGGUCCUGGAGGAAGAGACUUUGGUCCAGCUUUCAGAGACAGGGAGCGAGAGAGGGAAAGAGAGAGGGAUGGUGGGAGGGAGUUUCCUCUGCCAAACCAAAACCAGAAUAGAGACUUUGGCCCCAAUGGAGCUGGAGGGGGGCAUCCCAGAGACAAAGAGGGGGGCAGAUGGGGUGAGUUUGGGGGCCAGACAAGAGAGGUCGGAGGCAAUAGCAACCCCAACAAUAACUCCAUUUCCCAGGGAAACCCCCCUAGUUCUACCAGUGGGCUUCCUGUCACCCCCAUGCUGAACCGAGACCCGCCCGCAUCACCCCAAAACAACCCUAGCCACCCUUCUCAUUCUUCCCUACCCCAGCACUCCCACUCACAUCCCCCAAACUCAUCUAGCCGGGACUACCCUAUGGACCAGCCACAAACCCCCUCUUCUGCAGCAGACCACUUCCAUAGAGAGUAUCCUCCCACUGGUGGGAAAGACUUUCCUGCUGGUGCACCCCCUUCCACUGGCCCAAGUCGAGAGUACCUCAGUCCUCCUGGGGUGACCCCAAAUCUUGGACGAGAGUAUUCAGGGCCUGGAGGACCCCAGCACCCACACCCACCGCACUCUCACUACCAAUCCGGACCCAGAGACAGAGAGAGGGACUCCAACCUGCGAGAGUCUGCUCUGUACCAAAACCGUGGAGGUCCAAAUCAACCCCCUGCACUCUCUCCUUCUUCCUCCUCUACCCACCAUGGACACCCUCCGAAUGCUCCUUACCCCCCUCCCCCACCUCCGCCUCCUCUCCCCCCACCUCAGACUUCCCAUGGUCAGCCGCCUCAAUCAGGUAUGGGACCUAAUGUACGUCCUCCACACUACCAGUCCUCCAAUCAGACUCCUCCCACACCCCUUUCUCCGUUGCCUAGCCCAUCAACCAAUCAGAUGGGAGGCUUCUCAUCUUUCCCGCCUGGCUCCUCCUCCGGACCCAACAUGCCUGUCUCAGGUGUGCCGUCCACCUGUUCACCCGGUUGUCGCCCCUCCCCCUUCCAUGGCACUUUGAACAGCCACCCUCCCUUCAGUGGACCAUACCACUCCAAUGGGAACAGUGGCAGUAACAUGGCCAACAGCAAUAGCAACAAUAGUGGAGCCAACAGCAGCAAUACCAACUCACAGUCCCUCUCGCCUCAAAAUGUCUCAAAGGGACCUGCACCUCUUAGUAACCCUGGCAACAACAAUAGCACUUCGACCCCUGCCUCCAGCUCUUCACUUCCUUCUGGCGAUGGGCAUUCUGAAUCAUCCACAGGCCCGCCUCCUACACCUGUCAUCAAGGAAGAGCCAAUAGAAGACAGAGAGGAGAGUGAAAGCCCGCCCCCAGUGUUGAGAAGCCCUUCCCCAGAACCUAAGCCAGUAGACAUUCCCAUCCAUGCCAGCCAAUCAGCACGGUUUCACAGGGUCCUUGACCGCGGUAGUGGGAAUUCCUGUGCCCGCAGUGAUGUCCUGUUUGUCCCACUGGACGGCUCCAAACUUUGGAAGAAGAGGAAUGAGAUGAUUGAGAGGGCCCGCAGAGAGGUGGAGCAGAGGGCCAGAGACCUGAGAGAAAAAGAGAGGGAGCGAGAGAGAGAAAGGGAGCGGGAGAGGGAACUGGAGAGACAUCUACAGCAGCAGAAAGACAUCAACAAUGCUGCUGGAGCAGCCCGCCAGGGCUCUUCUCUCUUCUUCCCCUCCUCAUCUUCUAUCAUCCUUGACCCCUCAUCCUCCUCCACAUCUUCCUCAGGCAACCCUGUCUCCCACCCUCCUCCUCAUCCCCAACAUCAUCCUUCACACCCACAUGCUCACCUUCACCCUUCACACCCUCUCCACCCCUCCCUCUCUCACUCUAUCCCCCACUCCCUCCUCCUUCCAUCCAUGGGUGGGACAUCAGCUGUGGUUGGAGGCCCCCAAGCGGCCCUGGGAAUAGGCUUAGGUGGCCCUUAUUUGGGCCCUGACACCCCAGCACUGAGGACUCUGAGCGAGUAUGCUCGCCCUCAUGCCAUGUCUCCCCUUGGGGCAGCAAGUCGUGCUCAGGCACACCACCCACAUGUUCACCAUGGUCACCCCCAUGUGCAUCCCUCAUUCUUCCUUCCCCAAUUUCAGAACCAUGCUUUAGGCCACCCACAUCACUUACCUACUGACGCUGCCACAGCAGCAGCCAUCUUGGGCUUUUUGUAUGGUGGGAGCCUUGAAGGUGGCCCUGGCAUUGGUCACGCUGGGGUGGCUGGGGGCCCAGCACCUGGGGGGAUUGCAGGUGCAGGGCUAGGAGGAGUGGGCUUUCCUCAUGCGGUAGCCGCACACCGGGAUCGAAUAAAGCCAGGGUUUGAAUUUAAGAGUGAAGAAAGGGUGUACCCAUCAGGGUCCAUUUCGGACCCCACGGCUCUUGCUCUUGCUCACUCUCAUUCUCAUGCCCAUGCGCAUGCACAUGCACAUGCACAUGCACACUCCCUUCUCCUUGGGGCAGGUGGAGGGGGAGCUAAUGAGGUGUCACUCUAUGGCACCCCUCCCCCAGCUCCCCCUGGUCCACCACACCUCCAGAACCCAGCCCUUGCCCCCGUAACUCGACCUCCCAACCCUCCUGCCCCACAGUCCCUCUCCAACCCACCUCCUUCCACUCUCCUCCCUCCUUCACUUCCCUCUCACCCUGCAUCUGCACCAACGGCUGCCCCCCCAGCCCCAGCAGGUCCCGCUGCUCCUCCGCCAGCUCCUCCUCCACCUGCUCCCCCGUCCUCCAACCCUGUUUCCUCCCUUCAUCACCCAGUGCCCCAUUCUUCAUUUCCCAGCUCCUUGCCCUCUCAUCCAGCACCGGCCCCUGCCCCGGCUGCUCCCCCUGAGACAUAUCCCACUCCUACUCGCUCGCCCGCCUCUAAUGAGAGAGAUAGGAGCGCAGAAAGAGAGAGGGAUAGGGAGCGAGACAGAGCAGGCUUGCCACCUUCUGGGGAAAGAGAGCGAGAAAGAGAGCGGGAGAGAGAACGAGGAGGAAGUGGUGGAGGUGGAACUGGAGUGGGAACAGGAGGAGGAGGUGGAGGGGAGAAUCUGGGGCGUCUUCAGAUGUUAAACGUGACGCCUCAUCAUCACCAGCACUCACACAUCCACUCCCACCUUCACCUGCACCAGCAAGACACAGCGGCGGGCGGGGUUCACCCCCUGAUGGACCCGUUGGCGUCGGGGUCUCCUUUGGCACGCCUUCCUUACCCAGGGGCCACGCUCGGCACCCCCAUUCUGGCACACCCCCUCACGGACAGUGAGGUGCUCCGCCAACAGCUCUUCGGUGAGGAGAAGGCUCCUCGUCCAUGUGCUCCUUUCCGUGACCUGCCCCAGCCAUCCUCCCUCACUGGUCCCAUGUCAGCAGCCCAUCAGCUCCAGGCCAUGCAGCAGGCCCAGAGUGCAGAGCUGCAGAUCCAGAGACUGGCCCUGGAACAGCAGUGGAUACAUCACCAUCACCACCACUCCCUCACCCAGGACGAGUAUUACAGUCACUUGAAGAAAGAAAGUGACAAGACCCUGUGAGGGAGAGACAAGAAAAAGAGGAGCAUGGAGACAAAUUGAAGAUAAUGCGUGCAAAAGACAUGAAUAAAGUGAAACAAAGGCACUGAAAAUAAUGAAGAAAAAAAAGGACUGGAAAAAUAAACGAAGGGACAUGUCAUGGGAAUUUAAUGAAGGAAAUUGAAUGACUGUGAAGGAGUACAAAAGGGGGAAUAGUGAAAAUGUUGCACACAGUCCUUGUUAACUGCACCAUGUCAAAGAUCCAGACUCCAGCGCUUCCCUGCAUAUGUUCUUGAAAUCCAGUCCUGUUUUGUAUUGUGCUCUGUACAGUAUAUUAGAUGGGGGCGGCAGUAGUGAAGUACAGUAUGUGUAAAAUACUUUAUGCCAGAAGGAAUGUGUACAUGAGUCUCUUUUAUGUCAUUGCAUGUAGCUAGACGCUUAUUCUGAACUGGUGGAACUUCUGGUUCUAUUUUUAGUAAUUGCCUCCUCUUUUGUAUCUGAGGGGUGUUCUAUAUGCAUGAGACCAGCGAUUUAGUGUUACGUUAUGUUUAUGAUCAAUAGUAUUGUUAUUAUGAUUAAUGUUGUCUGUCUGUUGAUAAUUAUAUAAUUAUAUAUACAUAUUAUUUGUAUUAUUUUUUUACAUUUUCAU